GGGAGGGUUCGAUAAUUAAGGAGGCCCAGGGUUUUCAACAGCAACAACAAAGAGAGACAGAAAAAUGUGGAGGAGGAGGAGUCAUUUAUUACUCAGCAACGCCGUAAGAACCUCCCACCACCUCUCCUCCUUUUCGGCUUCCACCGCUUCCAGAGGCAGAGCCCCCCUCACUCCCUCCUCCAAUUCUCCCUUAUUUAAACCCCCUUCUCUUCACUUAGCCCCAAACAACCGCCUUUCCUCUCCUCUCUCCUCCACCAUCUCCGUCCGCCUCUUCACUCCCUCCUCCAAUUCUCCCUUAUUUAAACCCCCUUCUCUUCACUUAGCCCCAAACAACCGCCUUUCCUCUCCUCUCUCCUCCACCAUCUCCGCCCGCCUCCUCCGCACCGGCCGCGACCCCUUCACCAGUUAUGAGAUUACACCACCUGUGAAUUGGGGGGUACGGAUUGUGCCGGAGAAGAAAGCGUUUGUGGUAGAGAGAUUUGGAAAGUACUUGAAGACGCUGCCAUCUGGAAUCCAUUUCUUGAUUCCUCUUGUCGAUCGAAUCGCUUAUGCUCACUCUUUGAAGGAAGAGGCUAUUCAGAUUCCUGAUCAAUCAGCUAUUACCAAAGACAAUGUCAGCAUUCUUAUCGACGGCGUCCUCUAUGAAAAGAUUGUGUUAAAACUCUAAGGUUGUUUCGG